AUGUCAUCACAAGUUCUUCCGAUUCAUCGCGCGGACAAGAAUUCCACAAGUGGAAACGGCAAUAACAAUAAGAAUGAGAUCUGGUUUGAUGCAUUCAACUUCGCACCUGGUCAAGACCACAAUAUCCGCUGGUUAAAUCGACCGAAUCAACAAUUGGUACAAGAAAAAUAUCCUUAUGACAUCGAAAAGUUUCGCAUCACAUUCGAUGUGGAAAACUUUCAACCCGAACAAAUCAAAAUCUAUAUACAAAACUAUAAAUUAACUAUCACCGGUGUCUAUGAAGAACGUAGCGAAGGACGACACAUGCAAAAACAAUUUGAAAAGUCCUAUGACAUACCCAACAAUGCUGAUGUCGAUGUCAUGGCGUGUUAUAUAACACCUGCUCAUAUGUUAGUAACUGAAAUUCCAUUGCAACAAAAUUUACAAUCGCCAGGAAUCCAAGGCGGACAACAACUAAAUGUAAACAAUCUCAUGAAUGACAAUCGCCGCUUAUCAUUUUCAUUAAAUAAAUACAAUACACUGAAUAAUCAAGGUUUGUUGUCUUCGUCGAAUAAUUUAUCAAGUUUGCCACCGCCUGCUCAACAAGUUCGUCGGUCAUCAAUUACAAAAACAACAACAACGACGACCGGAUCGACCCCACUCCCACCUGAAGCUGCUGAAUUGUUGCGUAGUGCUGAGACAACCACCGGUGGUACACAGACCUAUACUACGCGUGUAACUGAACGUCGGCCAUCGAAUGUAGUCAUCAAUGAACCAGCACCAUCACCACCAAUCACAUCAACGAAUAAUCAAACUAAAACAACAACGAUUUUAACCAGUGCUGAUUUGGCAAAUUUACCUAUCGAAAUUCCUCCGGAACUUUUAGCAACCGGUGGUACGAUUACCAUCCAAAAACGAAAGGUAUCUGUAACAAAAACUGCUGUUGAUCCAAAUACAGUUCAUUCGCCCCCUGUGCUACCGACAAGUCAGAAUACUACGCAAGCGACUUCAUCAACAAUGACAGCAGCAAAUAAUUUACCACAACCGAUGACAACCGAACGAAGAAACUCAAGAACAAUAUCAACUAGCAAUCAGCGGCGAACAGUUACACUUGAUGACUUUCUUCAAAAUAAAUCAUGGAAUCCGUCGAUAAUUGACAGUCCUGAUGGCAAAAAGAUUCUCUUAAUGCGUUUACAACUGAAACCCGAAACGGCAGCUGAUCAAUUGAAAGUAACUCUGAAUGGUAAUGUUUUGCGCGUGGAAGUCGAUGCGAAAUCUUCACCAGAAACUGGUCGAUUCAUGAACGAACACAGCUAUCGGCAAAUAACUCUUUUCCCGACAUGUGAAGUCGAUCAAUUGAAAACCGAACUUCGAACUGAUGGAUGUCUCUACAUUCAAGUACCAAUUAAACUAUAA